AUGCGCUCCGAGACGCGGACCAGACCAUCCCCAGCACCAGACUCCGACCCGGCCCAACCCCCAGACCAACAGCAGCAGCAACAGCCACAAGCACCUCCCCCUUGGCGGCAGCGCAUCCAGCCGCACUGGCCGACGCCCCAAAUUCAGAACGUGGUCGCGACCGUCAACCUGGACUGCCGGCUGGACCUGACGCUGAUCGCGCAGCAGGCGCGCAACGUCGAGUACCGGCGCAAGAAGUUCCACGCGCUGGUGAUGCGGAUCCGGGAGCCGCGGACGACGACGCUGGUCUUCGCGUCGGGGCGGAUGGUGGUGGCGGGGGCCAAGUCGGCGGAGCUGGCGCGGCUGGCGGCGCGGCGGCACGCGCGGGCGAUCCAGAAGUGCGGCUUCCGCACGCGCUUCCGCGACUUCGCCGUCCAGAACUUCGUCGGCUCCGCCGCCUGCGGCUUCCCCAUCCGCCUCGAGGGCAUCGCCCGCCAGUACUGGGAGUGGGCCCGCCACGAGCCUGAGAUCUUCCCCGGCCUCGUCUUCACCGUGCAGAAGCCCAGCCUGAAGUGCCUCGUCUUCACCACCGGCAAGGUCGUGCUGACCGGCGCGAAGUGCGAGGAUGACGUACACGAGGCCUUCGCGUACCUGUAUCCGGUGCUGUUGGAUUACAAGGUCGAUCGGCCGCGAUGA